AUGAUCAAUCAUCUUCCUGCUAAUAUUCCAAAUUUACAUAUAAUCGAAUUAGAUAGUAAUGAACUUACAUCUCUCAGUGGUUUUGAAAUGAUUACAUCACACAAUAGUACUUUGUUGUCAUUUAAUGAUAAUAAAAUUGGAUCUAUUUCAAGCGCUUCAUUAGCAAGAAUUGAUACAGUUAAUGAGUUUUAUUUAUCCAACAAUCAACUUACAGAAUUACCUGAUUCAAUCUAUUUAAUUAAAGAUUUGAAGAAAUUUAAUAUUCAAAAUAAUAAACUUGAUGCAAUUGAAAAAGAAUGGAUUCAAGAUAUAUUAGCUAGUAUGCUUGCAUUCUUUACAAAUAAUAAUCCAUCUAAUUAUAGUGAUGUUUAUUGUAAAAUUCGUAAUUAUAUGAUAAAUUUCUCACAAUUUUCAAGUCGAGCUUUUAUUAUUCUUGCAUGUUUGGAUCGUUUUCUUCUUUGUUCAACAUCCGUUCGUCAACGACAAUUUUGUCGCCCUAUUAUAGCAAUAAAAAUGGUCGUUUUUGCUAUAUUAAUCUGUGCAUGUUUACCAGUUUAUAUAUUAAUAUCAUAUAAAUCUCACCAAAUAAUCAUGCCAUGUAUGGUGACAACACAAGCUGGGAAUAUAUAUGAAACUAUUAGUAUUUGGAUGCUUAAUGUUACAAUUCCAACAUUAUCGAUGAGUAUCUUGAGUUGGUUAACAAUCAAACGAUUAAAAGCGAAUGCGAAACGUGUUGGACGUGAAAAAAUUCGUGUGAAUGGUAAAGACAGUCAAUUAGCAACAAUGCUUAUUGCACAAGUUCUUCUGUAUAUGGUGACAAAUGUACCAUAUUUUAUUUUCAUUUUUUAUGCAAAAAUCAACGAAAAUGUACCAACAUCAAGUAAAUCAUUAUAUCAAAUUACUAUUGAGUCAUUUUCAGCCACUCUACUUACAAGUUUUUUUUAUUAUGUUUUUAAUGGGUGGUCAUUCUUUGUUUAUACAUUAACUGCACCAAGUUUUCGUCGUGAAUUAUUAAUGAUAUUUUCUCGUUUAUGCUUAUGUAAAACACCACACAAUAAUAGUCAACAUACAAGAACGCGUAGUGGGCGUAUUCAUCCAAUGAAUCAAAACAUUGCAACUAUUAAUCCUUAA